GUCACUACGUUAGAGGGGCAACUGCAAGAAUCUCUAGCUGGCAUCUUUGUCUUAAAAAUGGAUGUCAAUUUCUUGGAGAAAAUGUGUAAAAUGUUUUGAAUCUGGUAUAGAUUUUUUUCCCGAUUGGCAGGGCUUUUUAAUUAUGACAAUUGUAUUAUGAGUUUGGAUAUUUUCCGUGCUGGCAGUGAGCUAGCAGCUUCUGUAUAUGUAUAAGAAGUGUGUGAAAUGACUUAGAAACCCAAGAACUGUAAUGCGAUGAACAGGAGCCAACUGUUCCAGGAUAAGUUUAUCUGUCGUCGACGCGUACAACGUACGUGACAGAACAACUUUGGCCAUUAAUCAUUAUAUACGAUUCAAUGGAGAGGAAAAAGGAUAAAAAAGUUCUCAAAUCUAAGACAUUGCCCCCCAGAAAAACCUACCCUGCCGAGUUUGAUGAUUUUGAUUUCUUCUCCUCUACUGAUUCUAGCACAGACUGGGAGGAUGUCCUGGAGAAGAAAAUUGAAGACCUAAGUCGACAGCUGACCAAUGAGAAACAACAGCACAGAAGAGAGAAACAGCAAGUUGCUAAACUGCAACGAGAACUCACCAGAGCGAAAAGUGACAGCCAGAAGUUUUUGACAAAGGAAGCUCCCUUUUUGAAGGAGGUGGAGCAGGAGAGAAUGUUAAGGCAUGAAGCGGAAAAAAGGCUGAAAGACAUGACCUCCGAGAGCGAAAACUGUCAGGCUCGGCUCCAGUCCCUGCAGGGCGAGUUUAAAAAAAUGGAGGAGAUGGUAAAAAGUAUGAUGCAGUAUAAGACAAAGAUCGAGCAGCUAAAGCAAGAGAAGUCGAGUCUCUCCAUCACGUAUGAGAGCAACCUCCAGAAAUACAGAAGUUACAUCAGCAAUUUGGAGAGAGAGAAUAUGAUGCUUCUAAAUGAUGUCAAGAGAUUCGAGACACAGAUGGAUGGGAAAACAGAUGAGCGAUCCAAACUUCUGUUGGAGAGGCUAAAAAUGCUGGAAGCUGAGAAUUCCUCGUUGGUUCUGGAGAACGAACAGCAGAGACAGCAGUAUGAGAAAUGUCUGGACGAAAUUGCCAACCAAGUGGUCCAAGCCUUGCUAGCUCAGAAGACCUUGAGAGAAGAAUGUGUAAAACUUCAGAAAAAGGUGAACGACCUUGAACAUCAGAACAUGGAGCUGAGCCACAUGUUUCAGCAGAAGAGUCAGUUCUCCUCCCAGGCCCUCAUUCAGUCGUCCAGUCAGAGCAUGUCAUCGUCCACACUCUGUGACCCCCAGAGUUGUUCCAACAGUGUCACCAGUCUUCCUGCUCAAUUCUCCUCGGCCAUCUCCCUCUGUUCACAGACUAUGCACCUGUCGCCUAUGUCACAAUAUAUUUUACAAAAUACGGUGGCACAGAAAUGUCUUCAGCACUUCAUUCCUGACAGCACUGAGUCUCUUCACGGCUUCUCAUCUGACUUUCCAACGGAAGAACAACGACCAAGAUCUGUAUCUACCUCAAGCUACGUGCCAUCUACCCAGGGUGAGGAUGCCGCACCUCACACCAAAAUAGAAACGGAAUUCCCGGCCACUCCCUCUAGUCCGAAGGUCAAACACAUCAGUAUGGCGGAGCGUGUCCAAACAAAGAGGAGUUCCUCCGUGUCAUCUCUACAAGGCCCGGUCAAACCCAGCAGAACCAACUCGACAAGUGCGUUGCCCAAAUCCCGAAUUUCUCAAACUGUGCAAUCCAAGAGUAUCUCGGAUGUGAAUAGCUCUCGCGUGAUGUCAACUUCAGCGGAUCAUCUGGAUGUGAAUUCGAAGAAGAGCGUGUCACAGCCGGAUAACAUUAACAGGGUGAACAAGCAGACGUUGUCCACAAGGUCAGUAAAAGUACAAUCAAGUGUCUCCUCAGGAAAAUCAGUCCAAAACAGAACAAGUAUUCCAAUCAAACACACUUCAAAAUCACAACCAUCUCUACCUCAAGCUUCAAAGGCAAUCAUAAAGCCAUUGAACAAACAGGACAGAUCAGUGAAGGAUUCAGAAGUCGGUCAGAAAUCAUCGUCUGCUGAUGUGGCAUAUUCAAAAAGGACAAACUUUUCCUCUGCAAUAAAGUCAAAUACUUCCACAAUGCAUUCAGUGUAUUCUUCGCAGCUUGAUAGGUCAAGCUCUGACAAGAGAAUGGAUGCCAUCAAGGAGAAUCUUGGGAACCCACCCAGUGUCUCCUUGCUCCCCAAAGCCCAGUACUUUUAUGAGUACAGUGAUGAAGACAGUGACUUUAACCGUCCAGUGUCGGCUGAUUUCAGUACUACUUCCACGGUGUCCCUGAACGAACUACUGGAAGAGGAGGAUACCGAUACUCUCCUGGACGAGGAAUUCACCGCAGAAACAUUCGCAUUCUUUGAUUCGCCUACGUUUGCGAACAAAAAUUCACAUGGGGACUCGAAAAGUUUCUCAUCUAAGGAGAUUCAAAUGAGGAAAGAGAAAUCCUCUAGUUUGGGAAGCAAGCCUGAUAUUGUGAAAGAUACCCUGAACUGUGUUCCAAGCAAAAGUCCACUCACGAAUCGUAGAAAAUCUAUGCAACAUCCAAGCAAACGCAAACAUCAAAGUCAAAGGCCAAAUUCUCUUGUUCUCACACCCAAAGAAAAACAAUUCAUGUACCAUGGGUAUAGCUCAUCUAGUCUCAGUAGUACGGACAGUGAUGAGACGUGGUCUCCGAAAAUGGAGCGUAAAAUCAGACCCCAUCACAAGCCGAAACGAAAAAGUAGUUCCUCAUCAAAUCGUUCCUCAUAUCAUUCCUCAUCCGUCUCCGAUAAACAGUCAUUGAAAUCAUCUCAAGAACUCACCCCUGUAGCCACCGAAGUGCCAAAACUGCCAAACACCAAUUCAGUGUCCUUAGAAACGUUGCAGAAAUCAGAGGGGACCAGUUCCUGUCAUGGGUCAGAGAGUAACGAGAGUCUGAACUUGAACUCUCUCCCCCGAAAAGGACCUCCCCCUCCUGUGCCCAAGAAGCCCAGUGCUAGCAAUAAGAAAUCCCCUGGAAUUAGGAUGGGGAUUCAGUCUCCAGGAUUCAGACAAAAUAAACCGGCAUUGGUUCCAACAUUGUCAAAGGAAAACAUAGCCCUGCCCAAACCGCAUGAAUUUAAAAUGAACUACACUAAUUCUGCAGUGUCUUUACAACAGCAUCAUAUUAUAAGUACUCAAGAAAUUUCUAAACUCAAUCCGAAAUAUGUGGCAACGUCGGACUCUAGUUUUGAGAGCAAUAAGAGUGACAGGGUAGAAAGAUCUGGGAGCAAAGACGAUGGAUAUUCCACAAUGUCGAGCGAUAUUCAACCAGAGCUGCAGGAUAAAUACAACGACAAUGUGCAAGUAAACGCAGACUCAAUAGACCGGAAUAAGUUGGCUGGUAAGGACUCGUGUCCAACGACCCCAGCCAAGAGCAGUAAAUCCAGCACAGGAAGUGAGGGGGACUCCAUGAUAGGGCAUGCCAGUGGAAGUGAUGAAGUGACUUCCUCCAGUGUUUCUUCCCCUCACCUUUCGGACAGCCCCUCUCCCCAGUCCCCAGCCUAUGGGUCCCUGGGCCGAGUGAGGGCCAUGAAGCUGAUGUUUGAAGCCGAGUGUCAGAAAUCCACGGAGACUAAAAUUUCCCGCUUUCCCCUCCGGAAGUCUCCGUCUGUGGACAGUACUCUCAGUUCUAAGUGUUCCCACCCCGAGGCCAUCCUGAAAAGGCACUCCUUAGGGGAUGACAGUGCAUUAUUUCAAAAUACUCAAUCAGAACUAAAGAAAACCCAGGAUCCUAUUGUGGAGAUCAAGACUACACAAGUAGCAAAGACCUUUGUUUCGGAGACAAAGUUUGAACCUUUUCUCCCAUCUGCCAAACCAAUACUCAAGCCAGUCAUACCUGAAACACCCCCAAGUUUUCAACCUCUUCAUCUGAGUGAAGAGAAUUUCUUGUCUGAUAUUCCUGAAGAGAAAGAUGAGUGUGAAAUGUCGACAGCCUCGAGUGUGAAUCGAUUAGACUGUAUCUCCAAAUAUCACCAGCCUCUUGUGAAACAUCUUGAUCAUUUACACAUGUUCAAAGUGAGGAAGCAUAAAACCGUUUGGUCUUCUUUUCAAGGCCUUUCAAGAGCGCUCUCAGAUUCAGAUUUACACAAAUGUGGGGGAUCUACGUCUGACAAUGAAUUGGAACAAAUUCUGAACAGUGCCAAGGGAGGCAACCUCUCUUUGGAACGCUCAACUUCUCUCAGUGAUCUGAAGAAGACAAAGAAGGUGAAGUGUGUCCUUAAAGCCACUCCACCUUUGAGCAGACAAGGUCACAGGGUGAUAAUUGAUGAGGUCAAGGUCAUAGGACAAGUUCAAGAAAUUAUUAAGGCCCAUAUUUAUCAUCAGCUGUCUAUUGAGAGUGAGUCAGAAGAUGACCUCCAGAGCCUCAGCUACACCCAGAUCUUGGCCAACAAACAGAAGAAGGAGCAGAGGUACCAGCAGCUGUUGAGUCAGAUGUCUCCCUACACCGACCUCUCCCAGCUUCCGACCAUGGGAAGUGACUCACUUCAGAAGCUGUCUGCUGCCCAGUACUCAGAGAGUCUGAUAAUGGAGCAGAGGUUAGUUCGGCAGGGAACCCCUUCAAGUGACAGCUCCUGUCAGGAAGUCGAUUCCAAAUUUCGCAGCGACUACUACAGCCUUUGUAUGGUGGGUUCCAAGGGAAGCUUGUUUAGCGGGAGUAAUGAUGGGGACAAUGAGCAGUUUAAGGCAGAACAAGCUCCUCAGCACACAUGCAAGGAGACCAACGACAAGAAAAACUGCCAGGGCUGCAUCAGUGCCAGGAACACUCAGGAAUUUGAUGAGAUUUCACGCCAGCUUGCAAGUCUUUCAAAAACCGUCAAUGCCUUACAUAAAAGUCUGACAAGUCUGAAUAGUCACGACUCAGACACAGAGUCCAACGAGGAACAAAUUCAGCUCUUCCCCUCAACAGCGGAGAAUUUCCGAGACAACGAUGGGUAUCAGUGGGUGGAGGAUGAAUUCUACUUGACCCCUUGUGGAGGAGAAAUCAUAAUGGGUGGAUCUCCUUUCUCGGAGACAGGAGCCUGCGCCGACUGGGUGAAUGAGUACAUGGACGACACAUCUUGUAAUGAUGAGUUUGAGUACUAUGGGAAUCUGCAGUCCUCCAACGCCAACGGGAAAUAUGAUUUCAAAUCUCUAUGUGAAUCCAUCAUGGAAGAUGACCUCAAUCCAGCUUCCAAUACAGGAAAUGGGGAGGCCAGGAUUCCAGAGGAGAAAAUUCCAAAGAAGUUGGUGGAGAAACCUCCUCGAAAAUUAGAAACUAGAAAGCAAAAGCUUGGAUCUUCAAGCCUUGAUGCCAUGGUUCAUCUGAGCGGGGAGAGCAUGGAGAGUUUAGACGACAAUAUCGGAGUGGACCAUGUCAUGUGUUCCAGACUGAUUGGGAGGGGAGAAAAAGGUCAUGGAGCAGUGAGAUGUACCCCUGUCAGCAGACCAGCUGUCGAUCUUUCUCAGUAUUUUUCGCAUUUCGGAGAAAGAGAGAAGGAAGCUGUAGCAGCCUUUGAUUUCUUGGACGAGGAACCCUCCUCUCCCGACGACCUCCAGAACAGAAUACAUGUCAAGGUAAAGGUCACCAAGGACAGCGAACCAGGCAAGGAUGGUACCAGUGCCAGUAAUGCCAGAGAUCUUAAACUGAACAAGUCAACAGAAUCUUCGCUAAAGCAGAAAUUGAUACCUGUUAAAGAAAAUGGUACUGGAAAAGCAGUAUCGUCUGGAGCUUCGAAAACGGCCAGUCAGAAAUCAGAAGAGGGAUCUUCAAAGAAAGAUAACUCUACCAGCAAGACAACACCGAACAAAUCAAAAUCCCAGCCCAAGGCGACGUCUCAGCUCGGCAGGUUCCGCAUGUUCCGAAAACAGUCUCAGGGAACUGAGGACAACAAGAAACAGGCUCAGGGAUUGGAGAGUGCUAACUCAAAUUCGACCAAUGAAAAAAGUGCUAUCAAAAACAAAGAAGACAAGAAAAUCCUGUCCAAAUUGCCUAGGAAGUUAAUUCCAACGAAAAACAAAUCUACAAAGCCCAAAGUAGAAUCGAAAAUUCCAAAAGCAACUGCAAAAUGAGUGUUUGAUAUUCUUCUGUACACGCCUGUAUAUAUAUCAUUUAUCUAUAUCACGUGUCAUUUUUUGAGGAAUUUUUGGGGCCCAUUGCAUUGUUGAUGGAUCGCCCAUUUUUAUUAUGCAAGCCAUUUUUUGAAAAUGAAAUUGCUAUCUUUUUUAUAGUCCUGUUUGUACUUUUUAUAAGUGAAUUGAUAGUGAUUAUAUUACAGUGUGUAUGUUAUAUGUGAGUGUUUUAUUAUUAUCAAAAUUUUCACAUCUGCAUUGAAUGUGUAAUUAUUGUACAUUUAUGAUAUCGAUAUUUCAUGAAUAUUGGACUUAGAUCUUUAUUUCAUUGACUUAGCUGUCUCAUACCGUUUUAAUAUUAUAACAAAAAAUAAUGCAAAAUAAUAUGAUGAGGCUACAUCUCUUUAAUUUAUUGAUUUUUAGAAAUCAUUUUUAUUUAUUAAAAUAUAUUUAUACUGGUGCUACCCAUUUAUCUGUAGAGAACAAAAGGAUGGUUAAUUACAUGAAAAAUACACCCCCUUAAAAAAGAUAAUCUGUAUCAAUAACCAUUAAAAAUAAAAACCAGUCGGCAUAAGAGAAAAUGUCUAUAGUAUGUAUUUUUUUUUUUUACAUGGGAAAAUAAAUUGCAAUAAUUAAUAUUACAAAAAUCUUGUUUAAUUUUGUCAUUGUGAGAAAAAAAGAAACAUUUUAAAAGCUUUCAAUUCAUCUGUGUAUUUUGAAAAGGUUAAUUGUAAUCAAAGCCACCCUUCAUUUUUGAUUAUGUUCACGAUAUUCUGUUUCAGUUUGAUAUUGUAUUCACCAUAUUCAAAUGCUAUCAUUUUGUUUUGUAUCAGAGGAAAAAUACGUUGUUGAUAAACAGAUUGGAUAAGGUUACACAGAUUUUGAGGCCAGAUUUAAGUAUUUUCUCAUGGAUUAUAUCUCCAAUUGAAUAAAAAUAGUCAAAACACAUCAAA